CACAGCGCUAAACCAAAGCCGGGCGCCGCCGCAGCCAGGAAGGACCAGGGCUGCGAAGAAAAGGCUGCCCGCCGGCGACUUGAGACCGGCGCCCAGCGGCGAAGCGUCGAAGCGGCGCGCACGCGUCGGCAAAGCAAGCCCAGGCAGCCCAGGCUUCGACCAAAGCAGCCCAGGCGCGACGAUGGGUCCCAAGGAGGUGGUCCUCAUGGACCAGGAGGAGCGCGUCGCGCGGUUUGGUGUACUAUGUACGGGGCCGACGCGACGAGAUGCGAACGGCGUGGUCAUCGAGCAGGACGGCAUCCUGUUUGCCGGAGGCGAGUGGGUCCCGGGAGGUGAAUAUGCCCAGAAGCUCACCGUAAAAAACGUGACGACAAAAAUGAAGAAGCUCAAGUACAAACUACCUCAAACCAGAUAUUUCUCGCUAGCUUUUCCGGAGACCAUUGAACUCUCACCAGGGAUGUCCCAAGAAAUCGACGUCAUCUUCCGGCCCAUCAAGGAGGAGAUUUAUGAAGACACGAUCUACUUUAAGUUGGAGGAGUUGCCCGUGGGUACGGUGAUUUCGGAUGCUCCUAUCAGGGGUUUCCACGUGCCCGUACGAGCACUACUCCCAACCUUACAAGCGCGCAUACCCGAGGAUGUAGAUAUGGGCCUCUGCCCCACGGCGGAAACUUCAGAGAGAACCUUCUACAUCGAGAAUAAUGGCGAGGUGCCCUGCCCCUACAGAUGGAGCGUGCCCGAGCCCUUCACGCUCGAACCUUCCUAUGGGUUACUAGAUGUGGGCGAGGCCCACGAGAUCACUUGUAGUCUACACCCCCAACAAGCGUCGGUCUUCGUCGCGCGAGCUUCGUGUGAAGUCGGCAAGGGCGUCAACGCGAUCAAGCCCCAACCUAUACUGGAGAUGAAGCUUUCCGCGGUCGGAAAGUACGUCCAUAUUGAGGUCUCGGAUACGAGAGUGGACUUCGGCGACGUGUUGGCCGGGUCACCCAUCACGGAGGAACUCACGAGAGAGAUAGUUGUUUCUAACAGAUCCGUGGUGCACGCUCGCGUCGAGGUGAUACGGGUCGAACGAGACCGGGAACCGGUCUUCGCCGUGCAUCCCACGUCACUCAUCGUGCCGCCCCAGUCGGAACUCCCGGUGAUGAUCCAGUUCCAUUCUAGGAGUGCGGGUACGUAUACCGCGGAACAUCUCGAAUUUGUGACGCCCGGUGGCAACCGACCUCGGUUACUACUCACUGGUAGCAGCGUAGCACCGGUCGUCAAGAUCUACAAGCAGGAGGACCCCUUCGCCAAGGGGUUUGGGGUUUCUACCUCGGUUAAUUUUGGGUCGAUCAAGGUUGGUGCGAGGUGCGAUCGUGCGGUAUUUCUACAAAAUAAUUCGGACGCGGAUCUACACUUUCAAUUCAUAAGUGAUGAAGGUGGAUGUUUCAAGCUCUCGAAGUACCGCGGUAUCAUCCCGGCUCAACUAGAAGUUUCCGUGAAGUUCACGUUUUCGCCGGACCGACCGAUCAACUACUACAAGAGAUUAUUUGUUAUUGUGGAGCAUCGGUUACCUCUAUUCGUGGAUCUACUCGGCACAGCAUACAUCUCGGCCGCCGGCGAGGUGAAGGAACAAAGACCUGCUCCCCUCCGACACGCGCACGUGCAAGCGGCUCGCAACAGACAAGCUGCUGGUUUAGGGAGAGCCUCUCCAGAUGAAUUAGAAAAAAUGCACGCCGACUUGCAGGAACAAGGUGCUACGGCAGAUGAGCGGUUAUUAUUUGCUAGAAUUGGGGCCAAGGGCCACGACGACGUGCUACUGACCACGAACACGCAGGAUCCCGUGACACGUAGUGGCGAAGCUACACGUUCAAGUGUACAGGUCGCCCACGACUUGUUCGAGGAGUACACGGACUCGGACUUGAAGGAGGUCCAGGUGUCCCAGUCGCAUGUCGACUUUGGGUUGAAAACCGUCGGGAGUUCUGGGAGACGUACGAUCACGGUCACGAAUACCACUAGAGCCAAAAUAAGCGUGGCGUGGACGCCGCCGCCCCUCAUAGAGGUCGAGAACGAGAAACCAGCUGCCGACUUCUCCGUGAGCCCCGAUUACGCUGAUAUUGCCGCCGGCGCUUCCCUAGAUUUCACGGUACGCUUCCACCCGCGCAAGCCGAAUGUGUAUUCACUAGUGGAUCUGGAGGCCACGGUCUUCUACAAGUCGCAACGAUCCUUUAGGUUAGUGAACGACGCCGUCUUAGCCCCGCCGUGGCGCCUCGAAGUCGCGGCAAGCGGCCAUUCGUUCGGCGGCGAGCAGUUCGCCCCUGCAUUACAAUCGGAGCCGCGGGAGCGCCACUGGCCCGGCAUCCACGUCGGCGACGCGGGCUACCAGUCCCUCAAACUCAAGAACUCGUCGAACCUGCCCUGUCUUUUUAGUAUCGAACAGGACCCCGUGAAGGCGUUUUCGGUGAGACCGGCGCAGGGCUUGAUUCCUCCCGGGGGCUUCCAGUUGUUGGUGGCGCGCUUCGAACCCAAGGAGGAACGAGUUUAUAGACAUAGGGUGCGGUUAGUGGUCAACGGCGAGGCGUGCGACGGUCCGUUCCUGUGGGGCGCCGGCCAGAUCCCGCGGGCCAUGAUGGUCGGGUGUGAUGAGGUCACGAACCCGGAGACGGGUGCGGGAAGCGUGACCUUCCAGCCGACCUGUGUGGGACUUGCAUCGAGGAGAUCAUUUACAGUACAUAACGCGUCUAGGGUUCCUCUCGUCUUCGAUGCCGUCUUACCUAAUAGGGCCACCCAGACCUUCUCCCUGAAGCCCAAAACUGGAGUGCUGCGAGGCAACGAGUCGCAAGACGUCACCGUGACCUUCGCGCCGGGCGCUCGUGGUCUGAAGAAGACGAAGUGCGUCGUCGCUGUGAGGCCGUUAGCUGGGCCGCCGCCUUCCCAACGACGAGACGCGAGGCAGCUAGGCAACGCCGAGCCCGCCAAAAUAUUACAAAAAGUAGUGUGUCGGUUGACCGCGCCCGCAUCUUCAGGUGUUAUUUCGUUUGAUCCGCCCGUGUUGGAAUAUCCGACGUUACUAGUGAACACUACGUCAUCGAAAGCGUUGAUCAUCAUCAACUCUAGUGAUUGCGCCAUCAAAUACUCAUUAGAUUACGUGUCGCGGAAGCGGGCUUUUGCCGUCGGCGAAGAACCGGAACAAACGAUCAGGCAACUGCGCAAGGUACCCUCGGAAGGCAAAGCGGAGCGCAUCCUCAUUGAUGAACCGGAAGGUCUCAUAGCCGCUAGACAACGAAAGCGCGUGAAAGUAACGUUCCAUCCCGACGCCGCGGGCGACUUCGAGUUCGCCUGUGCUUGCAAGGUCCAUGCGGUGGAUGAGGAUGGGAACGAAAUCGCGUUGGAUCCGGAGCAGGCGUCUUUGUUGACGUUGGGUGAGGAAGCUAGAGAUGUGGAAUUAGUGCGAGGCCGGGACCCCUUCUCGGCGACCGUUGCUGAGUUAUCGAAGAAGUCUCCCGCACUCCCCUUGACGUGUGUCGUGAAAGGUUCUGCCUCAUUCCCUACGAUAAUAGUGCGAGAUAUAAGAGUGGAAGGCGCGAAGCUCGGCUGCAGCACGUCGGCGAUGUGGGCCCACUUUUCACUCAGUGCCUUAAACAAGACGCUGUUGACACCACUCACGUCUAAAGAAGUCAAAUUCAACCAGGAGUCCUCACCAGACCUACAGCUACUCCCGAGGUACCCGUGCAAGUUCGUGCCCGAACCCCUAGGCAACCCGCCGCAAGUUGUAUUGAUACAAAUCGAGAACCCCGGGCUGUUACCAGCUUCAUUCAGUGUACACCUACCGAACGAGCGAGAUAUCGAGCUCGAGCCGUGGGCGGACGAAGGCGAGCCUAGUCCAGAGGUCGUCAUGGUCAACAAGAUCAUCGACGAGCUCAAGUGUUUUGAUAUAUCUCCUAGACAGGCUUCAUUGGAGCCGGGUGGUUCGUGUACGUUGCGUAUCGCGUAUGUUCCUUCGUCUCGCGAAUUUGACGGGAAGCACACGUUGCCCAUACUACUGAAAAUUGGCCAGGGCAAGCAGAUGUGGCUGGAUCUGGAAGGUAGGACUCUCGCACCAAGAGAGCCGUACUUGGUCGUGCCCAAGGAUCCGAUGACCCAUAAAUUGCCUCUACACCCGGUCGCAGUUGGUACGCGACCGGAGCACGCGCCUUUGCAGAUCCUCGAGUGUGUGAAUUGCGGCAACUCGCCGUUGGAGUAUCAAGUUGAAUACAGUUCAUUGAGGGGCGACGAGGGCAUCGAUCUGCUGCGGGUGGAGAAUAGUACAGGACAUGUGCCUCCUUUUGGCUCCGCGGACCUGCGAGUGAGGUUCUUACCUCUCCAAGCGUCGUCCUACGAAGCUCCAUUAACAAUAAAGUACAAAUAUUCAACAAAGGGAGGAAUGAGGGAGGUCCAGUUAGAUACCAUAUUAACGUGCUCGGGCUACGAUCCGCGAGAUGAGAAGCAGGACCCGCACAAGGGCGGUAAAGUACCUGAAGGAAGUACUUCGAUAAACUACGACUACCAGAUCGUCGAGGCGCCGUCGCAACCAGCUGUACUAUCCAGAGAAUGCGUCGACUUCGGCCGAAACACGCAGCGCGCCCACGUCUACCGCAUGGUCACGAUCCGCGCCCCCAAAGCUUUAGAAGCGACUACUGACAAGCCGCCCAUCUACGAGUACCAGUGGGAGGCGGCGCACGACUUAGUGGAAAAAGGAAUUUUGGACGUGUAUCCCUUAUCUGGCAAAAUCUUCCCCGGAGGUGUGGCUGUAUGCAGAGUAGCUUUGAAAGCUGAUUGCGAGCCGCAAAUACUAGACACGCAGUUGAUGGUCCUCGUGAAGGAAGCUGUACGCAUAGAGAAAAGACCUCGCUCGCGACCGUCGUCACCGAUCCUGGAGGAGCGACCGUCGACCGCGACACUCACGAAGGACCCGUCGCACCAAUCCAUCAUCCUCAAGUGCACGACGGCAAGGGAACGAUCUUUAACGCAGUCUACCUUACCGGGCAACCGCCUGCCGAUGAUGCCUACUUCCGGUACUGCGGUAGCGCCUCCCCCACUAGGUGCGCCGCCGCCCGAACCUCCCAACUCCGCCUCAUCCAACGCGUCGGGCCGGCCGCCGUCGGCGCCGCCUCGCUCGGCCUCGACGGCGGCCAUGAUGUCGACGUUCGGCGACAAAGCCCCCGAGCAAGCGUCGAUCCUGGGCGGCGGUUCCGUCGUCGGAUGUGCCGCGUCCUGCUUUUUGCGGUUAAGAAUCAGAGGUGAGGUUGUCGGUGAACAGCAGCACAUGGACCUUCAUAAUGGCGAGAUAGACAACUUAUACAUACCGCGGCCUCUAGCUUAUAUACCAGCUGCUUCUACCGUAGAAGACGACCCGUUCGAGUCGUCGGACUCGUCGUCUGAUGAGGAAGAGGAAGAGUUGACGGCGGAGGAGCUCGCCGACGAGCGCGAGAAGGUCAAGAGGGAGGUAUUAAGGAGGACCAUGGGCGACAUCGUGCGGUCGACCUUGGACCUACCUGAGGUUAGAUCGGUAUUCAGGAUGCUGCCCGAGAAGCCCAACGUUCCCUACUAUGUGGAGAUACGGCCUCAUGACACUAUACUGGAGAGAAUGAGCGAAGACUUGCAGCCCUACGUGAGGGAUGGUAGUAUAUCAUUAGGCGACGCGCGCCAAGCGUUCCUAGAUAUCGGCCUGAAAGCUACUAUCGUGGAAAGUAAGGACUUCAUGAAGAUGCUCAAAGAAAAUGCGACAGAUAUGACAAAAGUAGAAGACUUCUUCAACGGUCUUAGUGAUCAGGUCUCGCACGCCGUGGUCCGAGCCUUAGACGAUAGAGAUUAUGCUGAGAAGGUCCGAGUGAGGGACGAGCGGCGCGAAGCGCGCAUGAAGCGCGUCGCGCCGGCAGAAUGGAAGGCCGCGUCGAUGCUCGCGAACGCCUACCGCGGUAAAAGAGCCAGGGAGUGGGCGUCGUACCGGAAGUGGUCCCUGUCGCACGAAGGGGCGUUGAUGAUCAAGUACGCGAUCAUCCUCCAACAAAAAUACCGGUGCUACCAAGCCCGAAAGCUGCUUAAAAGGAAAGCGGCGGAGCGGCUGCAUCGCACGGCGCAUCGGCUGCUGGGCGACGCAAGCUUCCAGAAGAUGGUCUUCGGCGCCGUCGAGGGCACGCUGCUGAAUUUGGUGCAGGAGGCGCUGCACCACGAGUUCGACCUCACCGCGCCGCCGAUCCAGCGGUGCAUGCCCGAGGGGUCCGAGGAGUAAAGUCUUCUUUUGCGGCG